GUGAGAACAAAUCAUUGCAUUUUUUGAAUAAAGAAGAAGAACGUGUUUUGUACUUGUUUUUUUGUUCACCACUUGUAUCAUUAAUCUAGUUCUUGUAUUCGUUUAUAGUACUACUUCAUUUGUUCUUCAUCUACGAGGCAAUUAUAACAAGAAUAUUGUUCUUUUUGACUAUAAUUCAACUACAACAUCAACAACAUCUUUCCUCCUGUUUACAAACCCGAGUAGUUAACUAAGACUAACUACUACAACUAUUAAAAAAGGCAGGUAACUAAGAGUAACUACUACAACUAUUAAAGGCACAUGGCCUCUACUUCCUCGUCGUCCACGUCCUCUACGUCCACCUGGUUUAGCGCUACUUUGACGUCCACCAUGUUGCCUUUCUCCACUUUCUCCACUUCUUCUUUUCGUCGCACCUGCUUUUGGGUCGUCGUCUUUAUGCGUUUGGAGGUCCUUUGUGUCCGUAGCAGUGCUACCUUCUAUGGAGAUGAAGCGGACAGGAUUGACGACCACCUCACAGAAGCGGAACAGGAAAGACAAAUGUAUCCUGGUCGAGCUUCAGCUGCCUUGUUUAGUGGAGGAGAAUUUCCAGGAGCUUCGACUGAAGAAGGUGGUAGAGAGGGGAGACAACCAAGUAUCCGUUUGCUGUAUCAGCAACCUCCGGUAGGUACUGUAGUGCCUCGGCUGACGCUUCCGCCGGCUGCCUGCGCUGUUGAGGAUGGACCACAUGUUGUCACUGUUCACGGGAAACCAGAUAAGAUUAUGAAAAACGGGUUAUCUUAGAUGUUCAUGUUUAAAAGUUCUUCAGGAUAAUUUUUCUUGGAUGUUCUAAUCCUCGAUCAAGAAGUUGCAAUCCGGCUUUGAAGGAAGCACUCAGUCGCAGCAUUAGUGAUGAGAAAUGGCAAGAACUCGAAGACGAACGCAGUGGCACUGCAAGGACAACUCGCAGACGUCUUAACGGAACUGAAGAAGCGUCGGUUCCUGCGCAGAAGGAAACUUCUUCUUCGCUUGUGGAGGACACAGCAAAUGUUGUACGUGGUCCAACUCGUUUAGGCACCCCGUUCGUUCGCGUGGGAGAUGAGUGGGUCUUGUCAGGUGAUCCUUAUGCGGCGGCAGACUCGAGGGGGUGGAGAGGUGCUGAGAAUGAUAGGGUUUCUGGCCACUACACCAAUCCUGCAUCAUCCCCGCAGGCUUCUCCACGUGGUACCCUUCACAUGUCGGCCGUUCUUGGUACAGUACUGUCGGAAAUAGAAAAAGAUGGACAACAGAAAGCUGCUGCCACACAGGAAACAGGUGGACUCGAAGGUGGAGAGGAUGAUAUGGAGGAGGGCAGUACACAAGGUACUAAAAAACUGCCGACUUUGAGGAAGAGGACUCGGACUGACUCUCAGAGCACUCUAUCUUAUGGCAAGGACUUAGCCUGAUUAUCUUCUGGUUCGGUGAGAGUGGUUUCGCCUUGACAACAAUAAUGUACACCCUAGUAGUACUGGUCGCAUUGCUCAUCAUGCUUAGAAAUAUCUAGGAGCUCCAGCUGUUGCCACUAGCUCCCGUGAAUCAAGCGACGAAGCCUCCACUACUCUGUACCACCUCUAUUCCUCCACCAUGAAACCUGCAUCUACCACUACCACCUCUAAUCCACCACCAUGACGCCUGCAUCUAGCACUCCAUGGACGCCAGGAUCAAUAUCCACCCCGCCGAUGA